UAGACGCCACGUGUAUCUCAGUCACUAAAUCCUGCCGUCGUCUUCUUCUCGAAAACACCAAACCUCAUCACAGAAAUAAAAUAGAAGAAGAAGAAGAGAGAGAGAGAGAGAGAGAGAGAGAGAGAGAGAAAAAGGAAAAAUCAAUGGAGAAAUUGGAUUUGUCCAAAUUGAAGAUGGCGUCGUCGUCCAUAGGCGAGAGGAUAAAGACGAGCGGCGCGCAGGUGGGCCGCACGAUCAGCUCCAAAAUGAAGGAAAUCCUGGCAGCCCCCACGCCGGAGUCCAAAAUCGUCGACGAGGCCACCGCCGAAACCCUAGCCGAGCCGAAUUGGGGACUCAACCUCCGCAUCUGCGCCAUGAUCAGCCGCGGCGAGUACGACGGCGCCGAGAUCGUCAGGGCGAUCAGGAGGAAGCUGGCACCCGGCGGCAGGAAUCCGGCGACCCAGGGUUUGAGCCUCGAUCUGCUGGAGGCGUGCACCUCGAAUUGCGAGAAGGUGUUCUCGGAGGUGGCGUCGGAGAAGGUGCUGGAUGAUAUGGUGAAGCUGAUUGAGGAUUCGAGGACGGACCACGGUAAUAGGGUGAGGGCGAUGCAGCUGAUCCGGUCCUGGGGCGAGUCCACGGAUCUCCAAUAUUUGCCUGUCUUUCAUCAAACUUAUAUGCACUUGAGUACGAAAGAAAUUCCUCGGGCGGAACAAGAAGAAAAUUACCCCGAUGUGCAUUACAAUCUAGAGUCUUACCUUGGUCAACAGCAACUAAUAUCACCUCCAGAUAGAUAUCCGGUUCCCGACACUAGUACUACUACUGCACAAAACCAAGAAGGAAAUGCCUCCACUUUCGUUCGUUACGGUUUCAAUUCUAUCGAAGAGAAAACAGAGCAUCUUGCCGUGGCUCGAAACAGCCUCGAUAUUCUCACCAGCAUAUUAAAUUCCGACAUUGAACCAAAACCCUUGAAGGAUGAUCUGACAAUAGGUAUACUAGCAAAGUGCAAGCGGUCUCUUCCUAUUGUCCAGAGAAUCGUGGAAACUACGUCGGAUGAUGAAGUGAUGCUUUUCGAUGCUUUAAAUCUGCACGACGAGCUUCAGCUCGUCAUUUCCAGAUAUGCUGAGCUGGCAGCUGCUUCCGAAUCAAAGAACCACAAUGCAGGAGGAGAAGAAGUCUAUGAUGAUUCUAAUAUCGCAAAUGAAGCGACUUUGCCAUUGCAGAGUCGAAAUUACACACAGUAAUCCGAGUUGACCGAGAAGAGAGCGGUGACCGAAAUCUUAGUAGUCGGCCCGUGUGCAUUCUAGAACUGGUUCUAACUGUUAGAGGGAUGAUCUUUCUUGCAUAUGCAUGUGCGCUCUGUGUUAGGUACUUAGGUUGUAAUAUAUGUGAAAAGUUUUGUUCUUGCAUAAAUGAGUGUGUGUGUGUGUGUGUGUGUGUGUGUGUGUGUGUGUGUUUUCUGGACAAAUAAACUGAAUCUUGUUCUGCAAUCAAGUCUACUAAUUUACUGUGUACUUUUUUUUUAUUUUUUUUGGUGUGGUACAUGGUGGUGAAGUCACAAACAUGUAAUUUUCAAGUAAUGAUUUUUGACCCCUAAAAUCAAGAUUUGUUUAAUAAUUA